UUCUAAGGCGCACUCUGAUCGGAAUGUGUAUCCUUCUGCCGGGGUCCUUUUUGUACACGUUCUGGAGAGAGAACACUUUAAAGGGGAGUUUCCCCCUUAUCCAAAGCCUGGUGAGAUAAACAAUGAUCCUAUCACGUUUAACACAAACCUAAUGGGUUACCCUGACAGACCUGGUUGGCUACGAUAUAUCCAGAGGACACCAUACAGUGAUGGAGUGCUGUAUGGAUCGCCGACUACAGAAAACACAGGCAAACCCACCAUUAUUGAGAUCACUGCUUAUAACAGGCGUACUUUUGAAACGGCAAGACAUAAUUUGAUUAUUAAUAUAAUGUCAGCAGAAGAUUUUCCUUUACCAUACCAAGCAGAGUUCUUUAUUAAAAACAUGAAUGUAGAGGAAAUGUUGGCAAGUGAGGUUCUUGGAGACUUCCUUGGAGCAGUGAAAAACGUAUGGCAACCAGAGCGCCUAAACGCCAUAAACAUCACCUCAGCUCUUGAUAGGGGAGGCCGAGUUCCGCUUCCUAUUAAUGAUAUGAAAGAAGGUGUCUAUGUUAUGGUUGGGGCAGAUGUAACAUUCUCCUCCUGCUUACGGGAAGUUGAAAUCCCACAAAAUCAACUGAGAUGCAGUCAAGAGAUGGAACCUAUGAUAACUUGUGAUAAAAAGUUUCGUACUCAGUUUCACAUAGACUGGUGUAAAAUCUCUUUGGUUGAUAAAACACAGCACGUUUCUACCUAUCAGGAAGUGAUCCGUGGAGAAGGCAUCUUGCCUGACGGUGGCGAGUACAAGCCACCUUCUGAAUCAUUGAAAAGCAGAGAUUAUUACUCCGAUUUCCUCAUUACACUGGCAGUCCCCUCUGCAGUAGCACUAGUGCUUUUUCUAAUACUUGCUUAUAUUAUGUGCUGCCGAAGGGAAGGAGUGGAAAAGAGAAACAUGCAAACACCAGACAUCCAGCUGGUCCACCACAGUGCAAUUCAGAAAUCCACAAAAGAACUUCGGGAAAUGUCCAAAAACAGAGAGAUAGCGUGGCCUCUCUCAACCCUUCCCGUGUUUCACCCAGUCACCGGUGAGAUUGUACCACCCGUUCACCCGGACAGCUAUGACAAUACAAGUAUGCCGCUGAUGCAAACACAGCAGAACCUGCCACAUCAGACUCAAAUUCCACAGCAGCAAACAGAAGAUAAAUGGUAUCCCUGAGGAAAGAAAACUUACAGAAGCAAUUAAUUUGUAACUACACAAUACAGCCAAGAUCAUCUUUUAUUUACUUAUUUGAUGCAUGCCUUUUUCUGAUGGAGUGUGCAUGCCCACAGUAUUAAAUAUCCAAGUGUCAGACUGUAUCAUUUCCAUAUUACUAAUGUACGGUAUCUUUUUGUACUUUGGACAUUUUCAGCAAUUUGUAAAAA